AUGGCUGGUGAGACUGUAGCCAGGCCCAGUGUGAGGCGCACGCGUCGUUUGGGUAGCCGGCGUGUUGACAGACCGUACGUGGCCGGGUGGCGUCCCGACGCCCAGUGUGAGGUCGCACGCGUCUUUGGGUUAGCCGGCGUGUUGACAGACCCCGUACGUGGCCGGGUGCGUCCCGACGUAUGA